CGGGGCCGGGGCGGGGGCGGGGGCCUGGGCGGGGGCCGGGGCCGGGGCCGGGGCGGGCGAGGCGGGGGCUCGAUGAGGGCCGGCGGUCCAGGGGGCUGAGGCGGCCGCCGCCUGCCGCGCCGACCCGCGUCCUCCAUGGAGGCCGGAGAGGAACCACUGCUGUUGGCUGAACUCAAGCCCGGGCGUCCCCACCAGUUUGAUUGGAAGUCAAGCUGUGAAACCUGGAGUGUGGCCUUCUCACCUGAUGGCUCCUGGUUUGCUUGGUCUCAAGGACACUGCAUUGUCAAGUUGAUUCCCUGGCCAUUGGAGGAGCAAUUCAUUCCUAAAGGGUUUGAAGCCAAAAGUCGAAGCAGCAAAAGUGAUACAAGAGGUCGAGGGAGCCCAAAGGAGAAGACCCUGGACUGUGGUCAGAUUGUUUGGGGUUUGGCCUUCAGCCCUUGGCCCUCUCCACCCAGCCGGAAGCUCUGGGCACGCCACCAUCCCCAAGGGCCAGAUGUCUCUUGCCUGAUCCUUGCCACGGGACUCAAUGAUGGGCAGAUCAAGAUUUGGGAAGUGCAGACAGGGCUCCUGCUUUUCAAUCUUUCCGGCCACCAAGAUGUUGUGAGAGAUUUGAGUUUCACACCCAGUGGCAGUUUAAUUUUGGUCUCUGCAUCCCGGGAUAAGACUCUUCGCAUCUGGGACUUGAAUAAACAUGGCAAACAGAUACAGGUGUUAUCUGGCCACCUGCAGUGGGUUUACUGCUGCUCCAUCUCCCCGGACUGCAGCAUGCUGUGCUCUGCAGCUGGAGAGAAGUCGGUCUUUCUAUGGAGCAUGCGGUCCUACACAUUAAUCCGGAAGUUAGAGGGCCAUCAAAGUAGUGUUGUGUCUUGUGACUUCUCCCCCGACUCGGCCUUGCUUGUCACAGCGUCUUAUGACACCAAUGUGAUUAUGUGGGACCCCUACACUGGUGAAAGGCUGAGGUCACUCCACCACACCCAGCUUGACCCCACCAUGGACGACAGCGAUGUCCACAUGAGCUCACUGAGAUCCGUGUGCUUCUCUCCUGAAGGCUUGUAUCUUGCUACAGUGGCAGAUGACAGGCUCCUCAGGAUCUGGGCCCUGGAACUGAAGGCUCCCAUUGCAUUUGCUCCUAUGACCAAUGGUCUUUGCUGCACAUUUUUUCCACAUGGUGGAGUUAUUGCUACAGGGACAAGAGAUGGCCAUGUCCAGUUCUGGACUGCCCCCAGAGUUCUGUCCUCAUUGAAGCACUUAUGCCGGAAAGCCCUUCGAAGUUUCCUGACAACCUACCAAGUCCUAGCACUGCCAAUCCCCAAGAAAAUGAAAGAGUUCCUCACGUACAGGACUUUUUAAGCAACGCUACACAUCUCUCUGUCGCAGAAUAUGGUCUCCUGGCAAAGGAAUAGUCGGAAGAAUGAGCCAAAGAUCCAGAUUGAAGCAGAAUCUUUUUGGGAUUGUGAAUAGUGUAGCAAGCCAGAUCCCAGUGAACUCGCCAUGGAUGUUUUCCCCAUGGCACCUGCAAGGCAAUUUCAGAAGAGAUUCCUCUUCAGCCAUGACAGUCUUACCUUAAAUCUUUGGGUCCACUUGUACACAGCGGAUGUUGAACUUCUAGUUGUUCAAAUUUAGAGUGCUGUUGCUGCUGUUUUGAUGGAGGCCUCUCUGUAGUGGUGGCAAAGCUCACAUUCCUUGCCAGGAAGUGUGACUGCCACAUAAUACCUAUCACACAUGUCAGAUGCAGUGGUAGCAUGAUCUAAAGCUCCCUCCCUCCUGCUGUGGUCAGGGAAGCGUGGAUGUCAGCAGGGCCCACUUUUGGGCUCCCGUUUGACCAGCAAGACCCAAGUUUUCAAGGAGCCAUUCGGUGUAAAGUGUUCACUAAAUCACAAAUGAAACAGGCUGUGUGUUCCUAACCCAUACAAACACUAUUAUCGGCUGUUUUUGUUAAGCAGUGGUGUGCAUGUGCAGGUGACAAGCUCGUAUGUCAGAUUAUAUGGGGAUUUACUCCUAAACCGCAUGACUGUUCAAAUGGCUACUGAGUUGUCAGUUGCUGGCCAUUUAUUAGCAUCAUAUUUAUUUGUGUUUUUUCACAGAUACUGUAUUAAGGUACAAUUGUGUUUUUCUCAAUGGUAUCAAAAGACCAGCAUCCUUCAAUGGACCAGUUGUAAAGAUGUGUCUAAGCUGCGUGAAGAACUGCUGCUGUCAUCACCUCGGCUCGUAUACUUACAUACAUCUGUGCUGCUUGGCCUCACUGGACUCAUCAGCCAGUCUCAACACACACCUAAACAAAAAUAGCUCCUUAAAGUACUGUUCUCCUUCAGUGGCAUGUGUAUCUCAAGACACCUCAUUCGGUCAAAAGUCUGCCUUAGGAAAUCUAAUAUAUUUUAAAUUAUUUUAAAAGAAA